UUAAGCGUGCCACAGCUUAUUUUAUUGAGGUCUCCUGAGUGUUAUCCUAAAUUUUCCAUUCGAUCCGUAUAAAAGUUUCGGCGAUCCAGACUCGGCAAGGUGGGCGUUCGAAGGCAGAAAGAUCUAUACGUGAGUAAAGUUGAUCCGGGUUCGCCACGCGCCGAGCGUAAACUUUCAGCCGCGACCGCGCCAUCGAUGAAAACAAAGUGGCUGAAAGCAUUUAGAAGCCUAAAGCCGGCUUCCGGUUCAGCACCAGCCGAUAGUCAACCACGUCCAAAUCAAAUGUAUCACGCCGUCUCAACUGUAUUGACCUUAAGGCGCAAUGGAGCCGCCGGUUCAUCAUCACAACCACUGCGUCCCAACGAGGAUGGCAGUCACCAUUUGCAGGAGUACACGUACAAAAAGAUAACCGCCUGCGAUGUUUGCUCACAAAUACUUCGAGGUCACACACGUCAGGGAUUACGCUGUCGCAUCUGUAAAUUAAAUGCGCAUGGCGAUUGCGCAUCACAACUGCCUCGCUGCCAGCCGAAACAGAAGCUGUUACGUCGACAGAAAAGCACAUCGGAGCUAGAGAAUCGCGUCGAUGUCGAGGAAGAAAACAAGAACGAAGAAGGUAUAAGGGCGCCAACGCCGCCACCGCCACUAGCGCCACCAUCUAAAUCCCACCAACAACAACAGCAGCAGCAGCAACAGCAAAUAACCUAUGAAGAACAGGAUGCCUUGCUGGGCUCGCCAAAUGCAAAUCAAACAAUAGGAAAUAGAAAAUUUCGCCAAAAAGUGCCGUUCAUCGAUAGAAUUUCGCAAUUAGCAUCUACGACGGGAACCGGUGUAAUUGCCGCCGGCGCCGACAAAUCCGUCCAAGGUAGCAAUAAAACGGAUGGACCCGAUAUACAGAUAAUGAAUGUGCCCGAUUAUCCGGAACGUACGGGCAUUAUUGGCGGUCCAGGUAGCAGUAGUAGUACGGGUGGCCUGUCGGCGAUAGCAGCUACUGCAGUGGCCGCAGCGCAGCGGGCAGGACGUGGCGUGCGACCACCACCAGUGCCGGUGCCUAUAUUGGGUGUACAAUUGCAGCAACAGGAAUUGGCGCAGCAACGUAGCGGUGGAUUGCCGGUGCCGCAGCAAGAUGUCUCGAGUAGUUCAGCGCCACAUUCACCACGACGUCAAAAGUUAAAUUUACGCAUGAAAUCCCUAAGCCUGGACUCACCGGAAUCAACGGAACUGCACGGUCAAAUGCGUCGGCGUCAACAGCCAGUCAUUGGUACAACAACUGUUGUUGGUGGCGGCGGCAGUGUAUAUUAUCAUGGCGGUUCCGGUGGACAUUUGGAGCAUAGUACACCGCCAUCGAAUAAUAGCCGUUUGCAUUCGCCUUCCAGCCCCUCACAUCAGGGCCGCAAAUUACUCUAUGCCACGCGUGGCAUGCGCGGCGGCAGCGUCGAUCUGCCGGAUGAGAUGGAGAAAUCACAGUCGUCGGCGAGCACCUCACCAUGUCCCUCACCAAAGUCUCACCGUUUAUUGCCCACGAAUUUGUAUGUCGUUUUAUACAAUUUCAAAGCGCGUCACUCCGAUGAAUUGGACUUGAAAGCUGGCUAUAAGGUCACCGUCAUCGACACCUCCGAUCCCGACUGGUGGCAGGGUAAGUUGCUUGGUCGUACCGGUUACUUUCCAUCCAAAUACUGUGUACGUCUAAAUGCCAAUGAGAAACCGUUACAAGUAGUACAUAACCUCCAAGUAUCCGAUGGUGAGCGCGGUGAACUUCAAUUGUUGAGAGAUCAAAUCGUUAUACAGAUUGGCGACGAAGUUAACGGUAUGGUGUUGGUGCGCAAUGGAGAGAACCGUCAGGGCUAUUGCCCUAUUAAGUACCUGCAAGAGGUGUGACAGCCAAAAGAGCCGCCAGUUGAACGUGACAAGCCGCAGAAAUCUUCGCUGUCAUCGAAGCUGUUAGAUAAAACGAAGCGUAGAAUAAGAAUUGUAGUCUCUGAGAAUGGUGGCAGUGGCACGAGUUACAACAAUUUGAGUCGCGAACCCAGCGCACCACCGGCCGAGUAUGGCAUGAAGAAUGUGAAUGUCGAUUACAAUGGCGACUAUGCUGGGGGUCCGGGUAGUGAGUAUUAUGGGAGUUUUGAUGCGGCCGCUGCCAGUGGUAGAAGUAAAAAUGAUAAAAAUUGGGAGAACUGGGAGCGUAUAAGAGAACAAAAAUUAGAGAAGAUGAAAAAUAUUUGCUUUGAAAGUUACCGUCAAUCGAAACGAGAUCGUAUGCAACAAGCUAAACCGAAACCGAAACAACUCGAUCCGACUUGGUAUACAGACAAUAUCUAUUCGAAUCGUUCCGAAGAUCUAGAAGAGGAUUAUGUGCCCGAGUGCCUGAAGUAUGGUACGUAUCGUAAGUUGCGUAACAUUCGCGAACAGGAUGAGUUCUUUGUGGAGGAUAUUUUGGACGAUGUGCCAGCAGAUGUGGGUGGUAAAGGUAAACGUGGCGAAGGUGAAGGUUCACCCGGUUAUGGUAUACACCGUUCAAUUAGCUGUAGAGAAUUUCAAUAUCCAAAAUCCCAGAGUUGUUAUGUGAUGAGUGGUGGUGGCACAGCCAGUUAUGAAGGCACCGGCGGCACCACAUCCAUAUUGAAAAAAACCAAUGUGCCCAAAUCGUAUUCAUUCAGUGCCACAACGUCCAAGACGACACCCUUCGAUGUCAUGGACUAUGAACUGCCGCCGACGAGCGCAACGCGUCGUGACAAACAAGAGGCCUUCCGCAAGUCCGCGGGCUACUACUGCAGCAGCAGCCUCGACGAGAGCACGCUGGCGUAUGCGGCUCACGAAGCGACGGCGUCAUCGCCGCCGCCACCGCCAGCACCGGCGCCACAUCCGUGUUGUGCACGUGAGCACUGCACCAGCGUCAAUUGUCUGCUGGACGAAAUCUAUCCGAGCUAUCCGGCGGCGGCCGGACGUCGCACAUGGCGCAGCCGUGGCACGCCCGUGGGCAUGUAUAGCGCUGGCGCCAGCGGUGGUAGCAACAGGAACCUACAUACCGCCUCCGCCUCCACCACCGCCGAUUGGGUCGAAGAACGGGAACGCGGUAGCCAGCGUGUGGCAGCGGCCUCGCGCUACUCUAUGCACUCAGGUGUUCGCAGUCGUGAGCAUGAACGUGAACGACACAGCGAUCGCGAGUGUGAGCAGCCACCGCCGCCGCCACCAACGGUGAUUUGUUGUUGCGCCGCCGAUGACUAUUGCUACCACCGCCAGCAACAGCGCCAUAUUGCCAGGUCGCGUUCGCGUCUACACUGUCCCGGCCACCAUCCGGCAGCCGAAGAAGAGGAACAUUCACACUGCCGUGCCGUAGCCUACGACACCGAUCUCGAUCAUUUCAUACGUGAUGAACGUGAUCGCCUACUUAUGCAAGAUAAAUUCCUAGACGAAGAUGAACGCUAUCUAUCGAAUGCAGGGCCUAGUUUGCAUUAUACCACACAAUAUCGACGACCAGCGCGUAGUAAGUCUUUGCUCGAAGUACAACCGCCGAGUCGCUAUGAUGAUGACACCUGCUCGGAUUCCACCGAAAUGGAUUUGGAAGACUUUAAUGUUGAUUUAGAAAAAUAUUGGGCUGAAUUGGAUAAACCACCCAGUCCUGUCGAUUUAGACAUGCAACGACGGAAUAUGCAGAGCAAUUUGAAGACGAAAAAUGUCACUGUCGGUUGUUAUAAUAACGGCCAACCCAUCGAUAUGCACGAUCGCGAGCAGGAGCGCAUGAUGAUCAAGAAAUCACUGCUCGAGGGUAUGCCCUCUCCGCCCCAAGUGGAGUCGUCGGCGCCAGACGGCUCCGCAAUUCAUCAUGGCGCCAACAAUUCAAGUGAUUUUCAUUUUUUUGAACAAGGCGGCUCACCCCUACACCGCGCCUACGCCUAUGGUCACAAAGUCUACCCAGUCGCGGAUAACCUGCCCUCAUAUAAAUACAAUAACUUCUACACAGAUCACGAGGUACAAACCAAACAACCCACCACCGGUGGUCAUCAUGCCUCCGCCAGUGGCCAUUCAGCACUCAGUUUAAUCAAUAACAUAUUCUCCAUAUAUAAGCCAAAUAAGUAUUCAGCCCAAAACUGCCAAAUGAAUGUGGAAGCCAAACCUGAGCCUUGCAAAAAAAUGAAUGUACCGACAACACGACGUCCGCUCGGCGCCUCGCAUACCGAUUACAUGCAUUCCAUGAAGCGGCCCAUGCUGGUUAGCACCGAUCAACCGCAAUUUAAAAUUGUGCCCGAAAAGACAGGUCUGAAAAUUACACCGUUAUACGCAUAUGAAGAUUAUAUGGUUGAGAAGCCACAAUCACGGCAUAAAUUUGGUGGCAUGACGCGUCCGGUGGUGCCUCCGCACUGAUGGUGCUGGACCUUUCCUUGGUAUGGCGGUUGUUAAGCGAGCUUGAACUCUGAACUUGGACUUUGGCUGGGGCUGGGACUAGUAGAAGCUAUGU